AUGGACGAGACCCAACCCUUGCUGCCUUCAGAGGCUGACCGCGCCCCGAUUCCAGAAAGCGACCAGAUCGCUGAUAAGGACCUCGUCACUUUUGACCCUGAUGGCGAUACGGAAAACCCACUGGAUUGGCCAAUCGCUUACAAAUGGAGUAUUGUCGCUUUACUGGCUUUGAUGGCGUUUACUGUCACGUUUACAUGCAUUUCUGUCGUGCCAGUCGCAAAUCGCAUCGUAUCCGACCUUGAUGAUGGCCGGACGAGCAAAUCUGCUAGUGUCCUUCUAGUCACUAUUUGGGAGCUCGGUGAGGCUGCUGGGCCUCUCUUCAUUGCCCCAUUGUCGGAAAUGUAUGGUCGCUGGCCUGUAAUCAACAUCUGCAAUGUGUUAUUCAUUCUUGCCACCCUGAUGGCGGUGCUGUCGGAAAGCAGUAUCAUGUUCAUCGCAGCAAGGGCUCUGACUGGCGUAGCCGUAGCCACAAAUGUGUUGAAUCCUGCAAUCGUUGGCGACCUUUUCCCUUCGGAGCAUCGCGGAACAGCUAUGAGCCUUAUCUCUCUGGCACCCCUCACGGGCGGCGCUGUUGGCCCUCUACUUAGCAUAGUCGUCGCAGAGGGACUGGGAUGGCGAGCCGUGUGCUGGAUGAGCAUAAUUUUGGCUGGUGUCGCUGAGUUACUCUUCCUGACAUGCUACCGGGAGACUUACAAGGUGCCCAUUCUGAGAAGAAAAGCUGCGAGAUUGCGAGCAGAAACAGGCAAUGAUUUGCUAAAGACAGCAUUUGAUGAAGAUGUUCACAGUGUUGCCAAAGUCCGCGAAGCCGUUUUGCGACCGCUGAUUGUAUUCUUGGAAUCUCCUGUGCUGCAGCUGAUGUCGCUGUUUAGUGCUGUUGUCUUCACGUUCUUUUACGUUAUGUCGACAACACUACCUGAUAUUUCAGAGAAUAUCUACCAUAUGGAGCCUACCGCCGCUGGAGCGGCUUACAUCAGCUUUAGUGUUGGUGCACUCAUCGUCGUAAUCCUUCUCAAUAACACGCUCGACAAAGUUUAUGUCGAGCUUCGCAAGCGCAAUAAGGGCCUUGAGGCCCCUGAAUAUCGGCUGCCAUUCGUCAUUCUUGGCGCGAUUGCCUUGCCACUCGCAAUUGCCUUCUACGGCUGGGUACCUCAGCUGCAUCUGCCGCUGUGGGUGAUGAUCCUUGCUAUCGUAAUAUUCGGUGCGGCAAUGCAGUUCGCGUUCCUGCCUGUGCUCACUUAUAUUGUUGAUGCAUCCGGUAUUUAUUCAGCGUCAUCGCUUACCGCUUUAAUCGUAACGCGGUGCCUCAUGGGCACUUUCCUCCCUCUUUUGACAACGCCCUUGGUCGAAUCAUUUGGAUAUGGCUGGGGAUUUACAAUACUAGCGGCGAUGAUGCUGAGUCUUGCGCCUAUUCCGAUAUUUCUCUACAGAUAUGGUCAAAAGUGGAGACAAUCAUGCAAGUAUACUAAAGAUCAAUGA